AUGGUGAAAUUAUUGGGUACAAGAAUUAUUAACCCAAUUUCAGAUAGUGUUCAGAUGAGCCUUACUCAAGUAGUAUCGAAGAAGGAAGGCAUGAUUAUGAUAAAGAAUGAGCGGAAAGAAUUAAUCCCAUCCAAGAGAGUUACGGGGUGGAGUAUUUCUAUUGCUCUCGAAGACCAAGAAAAUACAACAUUUACAUGUCUCUACUGGACUUUUGCAUAUAGGAGGAUGCCUUUUGGAUUAUACAAUGCACUGGCGACAUUUCAAAAAUGCAUGACAGCUAUUUUCGAUGGCCUUUUGGUGGAUAUCAUGAAGGUGUUCAUGGAUGACUUCCCAAUUUUUCGUAACUCUUUUGAAGUUUGCUUGAAAAACUUGUGGUGUACUUUCUCUCUUAUUGUGAAGGAGCUUGGUAUUGAUUUCCUUGAGAUGGUGGAGGUCUUUGUUGUUGUUGGCCUUGAUUCUAAGAAAGAUUUGGGUGGUUCCUUCACCCUGGUUAUAGGUGUUGCCAUAGGGAAAUCCUAG